AGACCUUAAAGCGAUUUUUCUGCCGGAGCCGGGACCUGCCGGAGUUUUAUCGACCCUUCGCCGGUGUCAAAAUUCAUGCAGCCGUCCAACACACUAGCACAUACACGAAUUUUGUUUGUGUAUUGCGAAUGGAUAUAGGAAUGUAUUCCGGCCGUAUUUGGGCGAUGGGAAGUGGGUCUCAUAUAUUAAACAAAUAUUCUAGCGCGGUGAUAACAGAUUUCGGAUCUAGUAACUCAGUGUCUUUUGCUCGAACAUCUGCUCGAACAUCGACGUCGACAUUGUUUUUCAUCCACAGUUCCCAGUUGUGGCUUCCUCCAAGAUGGCCGCGCCUCCAUCUCCCUCUGCGGUGCAGGCAAACCCUGCCACUGCACCUGCGUAUGGUGGCAGGGUUUGUGACCAUGGAUCUGAAAGGAUGCCGUGGAACUCGAUGUGCAGGUGUUGUGAGAAAGAAAUCACCCAAUGUUUCUGUGGACCUUUCCGACAAUGAAAAUCAUCCCAAUUUUCAUACCCCGACAAAAAAAAGGAGGAAUCGUGCAACAAAGUACACAAAUCACAAAAAAGUUGGAUUCAAAUGUUCGCCUGGUAAGCUGAAAGAGGUUGUCGACAAGCUUUCAGGUGAUCAACGGGAAUGGGUUAAGGAGAUAUUUUUAGGAAGCCUGUUAAACGUAUCAGCCAAGAAGCUUCCAAGGGCGUUAACGAUUUGGUUGGUAAAUCAGGUUAAUUGCGACAAAGGGACUCUUGACAUUCAUAACACUCAAUUUCGAAUCAAACCGCUGAUUCAUAAAUUACUUGGUAUUCCGUCUGGUGCACACAAGGUGCCUGUCCCUGUUUUAAGUCGUUGGGGAAAGUACAAAAUUUUCUCCUCUCCUGAAGAGUAUGCUGACUUUAGAGAUAAUAAGCUUGGAAAGGGUAAAAAGGUGAAAGAUGAGAUAAAAUUUCUCAUCGGAUGCAAUGACAAGAUCAAGUUCCAGAAACAUUUCCUAUUGCUCGCAUUGUGCAUCUACCUAGCUCCUUCUAGCAGCUACCUUGUGAGCACAAAAUUUCUGAAUGUUGUCACCAGUGAUCUCAAUGCACUGAAAGACCUGGGCUGGUGCAGUUUCGUUGCUGAUUACAUUAUUGAAGGUAUACGUGACUACCUGGACUCUAUGAUUACAGCAAAGUACAUACACGGCUGCCUUAUUGCUGGUAAAAUUUGUUUUCCGUCUUUUUUGCACAACUAAUGCUGCUUGAUGGAAGUGUUAGAAUUGUAUUCGUAUAGCUUCUGUAUUCUCUGUAUUUGAACACCUUGUAACUCUAUAAAUAUAUGAGAUAGCCACGCCAUAGAGCGUUGCGCAGUUUCCCCAAA